AAAAGCCAACCCGGCCAAAAGGAAGGAUGACCAAAGACAAGGCGCGCUGCGGCCGCCAGCGUAAACACGCCGCCGGAUGAUGGCUGCCGGCCUGCCCUUUGCGCAGCAAUCCUUCUCGCCAAAAGCAGGACACGCGGGCGCGCGCGCACACAAACCAGCUGAGCUGACCAGCAGUAGAAGCAGAGCUCCACCUCAAAAGCGCCGCGCCUGCGGCAAACCGCCACGCCCCCAAGUUUCCUCUUGCAUGCCGCACAAGUAACCAGAGCCUAGCUCCCUGCUGCCAAGUUCUUCUCGCCUUCCUCUUCUCGUGGUCUCGGCGCCGAUCGCGCGAGGUUCACACCACGGCGAGGCUGGUUGCAGGAAUCAAGAAGCGAGGCCGGCCGCCAGGGAGGUGAUCGGGGAUUCGGGGUGGUGAGAAGUGAAGAAGAAGGAGAAGGGGAAGAUGGUGGCGCGGGGCAAGGAAGCGGAGGAGGAGGAGGCGCGGUGGGAAGGGGAGGCGGAGAUCGACUACGUGUUCAAGGUGGUGGUGGUGGGGGACUCGGCGGUGGGGAAGACGCAGCUGCUGGCGCGCUUCACGCGGGACGAGUUCGCGCUCGACUCCAAGUCCACCAUCGGGGUGGAGUUCCAGACGCGCACCCUCACGCUCCACCGCAAGCGCGUCAAGGCGCAGAUCUGGGACACCGCCGGCCAGGAGAGGUACAGGGCGGUGACGAGCGCGUACUACCGCGGCGCGCUGGGCGCCAUGGUGGUGUACGACGUGACCCGGCGCGCCACGUUCGAGCACGUGGCGCGGUGGGUGGAGGAGCUCCGCGCGCACGCCGACGGCUCCACCGUCGUGGCGCUCAUCGGGAACAAGGCCGACAUGCCCGCGGCGCGGCGGGAGGUAGCCGCCGACGAGGCCGCGCGCCUCGCCGAGGAGCAGGGGCUCUUCUUCUCCGAGGCGUCCGCGCUCACGGGGGACAACGUGGAGCGCGCCUUCCUCACGCUCCUCGAGGAGGUCUUCGCCGUCGUGUCGCGCAGGGCGCUGGAGCUCGACGAGGCCCGCCGGAUGCGCGGCGAGCAGGGCGAUGGCGGCGGCGGCGAGGUGCUGUCGCUCAAGGGGACCGCGGUGGACGUGGGAUCCAUCAUGGAGACCAGCGCCAUGAAGAGGACCUCGCAGUGCGCCUGCUCGUGAUGGCGUUCUCAGUGCAGACGUAGGGAGUUCUUUCAAUUUUUUUUUAAGAACUUCACAUCAACAAAUUACAUAUAUUGUUACACCCUUGAUGGUUUAGGCAUGUUACCGUAUAAAGUUUGUACGUAUCUGAUCCAUCUUUCAUGGAUCAGCUGUUUUUGUUUCGAAUUUGCAAUGCAAAGAAGAGGCAGAUUUAUGCCAUCAAACCCAGUUUUCACAUCACAAGUAUAA